AUGGUUUCAAAGGUGAGACGUUGUCUUAUGGGGGAGCAGUCGAGGGAUUUGAAUUCAUUAAUUAAGGGGUUCCACACCACAACUGUAUUCGUCCUCGCAAUAAUUUGCACUAUCCUGCAUACAGAUAGACCCAUGGCAGCUGCUGGGCCGACCACAACCAUAGACGCAUCGAGGCCAAUAAUCAGGAGACGACGGGGUGAAGUCUCUAUGGACGUCAAUAAUGCCGAAGGGACACAACGGCUCGGACUUGGGCGGAUAGAAAUGCGCUGGCUGCCGUCGACCGGAAGAACCGAUAUGAAAACGUCGUUGAGGAAUGUCUCGUGGGGAUUGAAGAGAACAAAUUUGCGAUUGGGGUUAGGGUCUGAGAAUGUUAAAUAA